GCAAACAUGAGUGGAAGAGGAAAGGGCGGCAAAGGUCUCGGUAAGGGAGGCGCCAAGCGUCACCGCAAAGUUCUCCGUGAUAACAUCCAGGGUAUCACUAAACCCGCUAUCCGCCGCCUGGCUCGCCGUGGUGGAGUCAAGCGUAUCUCCGGUCUGAUCUACGAGGAGACCCGCGGUGUGUUGAAGGUUUUCCUGGAGAACGUCAUCCGUGAUGCCGUCACCUACACCGAGCACGCCAAGAGGAAGACCGUGACUGCCAUGGAUGUGGUCUAUGCUCUCAAGAGGCAGGGACGUACUCUCUACGGUUUCGGAGGUUAAAUUACGAACCCCUUCGCCGUCUAACAAAACAACGGUCCUUUUAAGGGCCACCCAUCUCUACAUAAAGACAUGCUUUCCUUAUUUUUAUUGUGUAAACUUGCCAACACCAAUCAAACACAUCUUCCAAUCUGGAAAGGGCUUCAUGAAGAGCCAUGAAGCUCCGUUGUCGUGGCCUCCGAAGAGUUGACGCUGUCAGCAUAGACAGCCAAACCUGUGAUUGUUGAGUUGAUGAGCUCUGUUUUUAUGUGAGGCCGAAUUGUUCCAUUUUCACAAAAUAAAGACAUUAAAUCUCAAAUUUAGCACACAACAUUAAUGGUGUUUGAUUCUAUCCAAGGGGAUAAGGUUAAAUUUUAAAUACUGUUUCUAAAACCUUACCUAUCCCCCUUGUCUUACCAAAACAAUCAUUCACCAUUAUCAUUAAAUGUGUCCAAAAUUUAAAUGCCUCAAAAGUCUUCAACGACUAGUUGUUUAUGAAAUGGGAAAGGAGUGAAAAUUAAAAAU